CCACAGCGCUGUGGCUUGCACGACUUGCAUUCUGUCUUCAACCGGACACCUCGCACCCUCCCAGCACCAUGCCUUACAACUGCUGCCUGUCCAACGUGAGCUGCCGCAGCAGCUGCUCCUCCCGGCCCUGCGUGCCCCCCAGCUGCCAUGGCUGCACCCUGCCCGGGGCCUGCAACAUCCCCGCCAACGUGGGCAACUGCAACUGGUUCUGUGAGGGCUCCUUCAACGGCAGUGAGAAGGAGACCAUGCAGUUCCUGAACGACCGGCUGGCCAGCUACCUGGAGAAGGUGCGCCAGCUGGAGAGGGAGAACGCGGAGCUGGAGGCCCGCAUCCAGGAGCGGAACCAGCAGCAGGACCCCUUGGUGUGCCCCAGCUACCAGUCCUACUUCCGGACCAUCGAGGAGCUCCAGCAGAAGAUCCUGUGCAGCAAGUCUGAGAAUGCCAGGAUGGUGGUGGAGAUUGAUAAUGCCAAGCUGGCCUCCGAUGACUUCCGAACCAAGUACGAGACGGAGCUGUCCCUGCGGCAGCUGGUGGAGUCGGACAUCAACGGCCUGCGCAGGAUCCUGGACGAGCUGACCCUGUGCAAGUCUGACCUGGAGGCCCAGGUGGAGUCCCUGAAGGAGGAGCUGCUCUGCCUCAAGCAGAACCACGAGCAGGAAGUCAACACCCUGCGCUGCCAGCUUGGAGACCGCCUCAACGUGGAGGUGGACGCUGCCCCCACCGUGGACCUGAACCGUGUGCUCAAUGAGACCAGGAGUCAGUACGAGGCCCUGGUGGAGACCAACCGCAGGGAAGUGGAGGAGUGGUUCACCACCCAGACUGAGGAGCUGAACAAGCAGGUGGUAUCCAGCUCAGAGCAGCUUCAGUCCUACCAGGCAGAGAUCAUCGAGCUGAGACGCACGGUCAACGCCCUGGAGAUCGAGCUGCAGGCCCAGCACAACCUGAGGAACUCUCUGGAAAACACGCUGACAGAGAGCGAGGCCCGCUACAGCUCCCAGCUGUCCCAGGUGCAGUGCAUGAUCACCAACGUGGAGUCCCAGCUGGCCGAGAUCCGGGCUGACCUGGAGCGUCAGAACCAGGAGUACCAGGUGCUGCUGGACAUCCGGGCCCGUCUGGAGUGUGAGAUCAACACGUACCGGGGCCUGCUGGACAGCGAGGACUGCAAACUUCCCUGUAAUCCCUGUGCCACAACCAAUGCGUGCGACAAGCCCAUUGGGCCCUGUGUCUCCAAUCCCUGUGUCACACGAUCUCGGUGUGGGCCUUGCAGCAAUUUUGGGCGCUAGAGGCCCCACUGCCAGGAGGAGGACAAGGACUUCAGUCACAUCUCAACUCCAACAAUGACCACACCAGACAAAGGAGAAACCCUUUAUCACAGCAGCUCCUUGAGCUCAGCUCUGACUUUCCACUGCGUCUCCUGGUCUGAGUCUCCAGCACAGGACAGUGCAGAGCCUGUCUUUUGAGUCACACACAGAGAUCUACAACAGGAUCAAGUAAUUACUGUCACAAUGACACAUUUGCGCAACGUGUUAUGUGUCGGCAAAACUUAUCUAAAUGCAAUUUGAAAAUGAUGAUAUUAAGUGUGGUACAGCUGCUGGGCUGCUUGUGCAACAGAACAUAACUGGACUUAAUCUUCUUUGUCACACUUUUGGAUUUUGGCGAUGUAAUAAAAAUCCUUUGUUAAUCCUCCUAAUAAACUUAUUCUGGCA